AUGCAGCUGUUCGUAAACUUUCCUAACAUGUUAUGGUGGAAACAACUCGAAAGCGCUCAAGAGAACAUAAUGAUGAUUGAAAGGGAAGAACAAAGAAAGGAUUUCAUUGAAAAAACGACGGUAACCCUUACACUUCCUUCGAUAAAUCCCGUAAUGCAAGAUGAAAUGUUCAUAGCAAACAUAGAGCAAGUUAAAUCGCUACAAGCUUCGUUAUUUCCAAUAUGCAGUAAAGGGACAUUCAUCUCGAACUUUCUACAAAACAAUAUUAAAACCAAUCAGUUAGAAAUAAAUACAGACAUAAGAACAUUCCGGACAACAGCAAAAUUAAAAGAACCAAGAGACUUGUUCGCACUUCCAAAAGAGCUUGAUUGUCCUCAACAAGCUCCUCGAUGGCCCACAGAAUGUCAAGUAGUAGAAGAAAAAAUUCAACAUAUUAUAUGGAGCCCCGCAUCUCCUGAACCAUAUUACAUAUCAUCAGGGAAAGAGUUACAACCACAGCCUGUCGGUGAAGAUGCAGGAACAGUUAUCUUUCAAUAUUAUCCAAUGAGUGCCGUCAACUAUUUCAGUCGCUCCACUGUCGGAGGAUCGCGCUUAUAUUUAUCAGCGUGCGCAAGUGCCGGAGGGGAAGAUGAACUAAGAUUUGAAUCUCGUUUCGAAAGUGGAAAUUUAGCAAAAGCAAUCCGCAUAACUUCAGCAUAUUAUGAACUGCAUCUCCGCACUGACCUUUAUACUAAUAGGCAUAUGCAAUGGUUCUAUUUCAGAGUCACGAACACAAAAAAGCAAAUGACAUACAGAUUUUCCAUAGUGAACUUAUCAAAAGCCGAAAGCUUAUACAACGAGGGCAUGCGACCUCUAUUAUAUUCAACCAAGGACGCUCAGUUGCAUUCGAUCGGCUGGAGACGAUGCGGUGAUAACAUCGCUUACUAUAAAAACGAUUCAUCGUCGGAAGAAGAAGAGCAAUUUCCAAGUUACACGUUAACUUUCAAUAUAGAAUUCCCUCACACCGAUGAUGCUGUGUACAUUGCUCAUUGUUACCCAUACACUUACUCCGAUUUACAAGAAUAUCUAUCUAAAUUACAAUCUCAUCCCGUCAAAUCAACGUAUGCUAAACUAAGGCUACUUUGUAGAACAUUAGCUGGGAACAAUGUAUAUUAUCUAACUGUAACAGCUCCACCGAGUUCUUGUGAAACAGAGCAAAAGAAAAAGAAAGCAGUUGUUAUAACAGCAAGAGUUCACCCGGGUGAAACUCCUUCAUCUUGGAUGAUGAAAGGUUUUAUGGAUUAUCUAACUGGAGAUUCGAAUCAAGCUCGUGAAUUAAGGGAAAAGUUUAUAUUCAAACUCGUACCAAUGUUGAAUCCUGAUGGAGUAAUCGUUGGUAACAAUCGAUGUUCACUGACCGGAAAGGAUUUGAAUAGACAAUAUCGAACAGUUAUACGGGAAACAUAUCCACCAGUCUGGCAUACGAAAGUGAUGAUACGGAGACUACAGGAAGAAUGUGGUGUAGCAAUGUAUGUCGACCUCCACGCACAUUCCCGAAAACACAAUAUAUUUAUUUACGGAUGUGAAAGCCGAAAAACUUCUGACAAACGUUUACAGGAACAAGUUUUUCCUUUGAUGCUUCACAAAAACGCGGCCGAUAAGUUCUCAUUCGAAAACUGCAAAUUCAGGAUACAACGCAGUAAGGAAGGCACUGGCCGGGUCGUAGUUUGGAUGUUAGGAGUCUCUAAUAGCUACACAAUGGAAGCAUCUUUUGGCGGUUCCGAAUUGGGAAGCAGAAUGUCAACACAUUUUUCUGUUCAAGACUAUGAAAGUCUAGGAAGAACAUUCUGUGAGACGUUGCUUGAUUUUUGUGAUGAAGAUCCUAGUAAAGAACGACUAAGAACAAAAAUUGUCACCAGACUCUUGAAAGAAGGAUCAAAUGCAGAUGAGCCAACAAAUAUUGAUUUAUCAGACUAUUCAAGUGAUGAAGGAGACACGUCGAGCAGUAGUUCUGAAGGUGGACACAGAAGAGAAUCAACAAAACAGCCCGCACCGCCACCUUCACCGAUAUUUCCCGAUAUCAAUAAAAAUUUAAAUGAGAAAGCAAGAAAACCACGGCCGAGACUAGAAAAGAUGAAACGAAUUGAAAAAAAGAAAACGAAACGGGAAACUUUACAGGUAUCUCGAGCAACAAUAGAUUUAACAUCAGACGCCAUGACGGACAUGUCAUCGGAUGCUGAAUCGUACGACGGGAACCACAGUCCUAUGAGAAGAGUUCAGAAACUGAUACACUCAUCAAUGAAAGUCAAACCAAGACGGAAGAAAAAAAUGCCACCUGAACUCAAAAUCGUAAAAGCACAGACAAGUGAUUCGCCUUAUCAUUCCGAUCAUGAAAAGGCCUUGAAAUGUAGACGACCGAGAAGUGUAUCAAUGUUUAACGAAACCACAGAGAAACCGAGACUGAAUCCCGCAUCAUGGCACCAAUUUAGGUGUUUACCACCAGCGAAAUGCUUGUCGGAAGUAAAAACUAGAAGUACUCAGCCAUCUGAGCUACAGGUCAAGUUGAGUACUCUUAAAAGAAAUGUGUGGACAGGAGUUCAAACUGAAGAAAAAGGUCCACUGUCAUGGGGCAUAUCAAGUUUUGCAAUGAAUUCAUAUUUUACUGACAGUGAAGCAUUAUUAAGAUCAUGUUCCAAGAAACUAGAAGAGCUUGAGGGGGAACAACAGAAAGCUAAGGAUGACAAAAAGAAGAAGAAAUCCAAAACAAAGAAGCUUACACUUAAAGUGCCAAAUUCAUUGAAUGAUAUCAUAGAACCUAUAAACACUAAAUUACCUAAAUCUUGGAAGAAAAAAGGAAAAUUAAAAAGUAAAUCUGAAAGUUCUCCAUACUUAAACAAUACUAGUUUUACGGACAUACCUCGGAACACCCAACAAGCACCGAAAUCAACCCAGGCAGAAAACAGAUUAGCUAAAUCAAGAUUCAAGAAAGGUGCCAUAGUAACCACUGCUGUGCAGUCAAAAAAACAAAUUGCCAAAGCUAAUAUUAUAUCCGACAACUCAGACUCGGACACUUCUAUUCAACUAAGUAAAAAAAUUAAAAAGAAAAAUAAAACUGUUAAAAGUAAGUUUUGUAAAGCUAUGUCUGAAAAUAAAUCUAAGAAUUAA